CCGACCCGUUAUCAAGCUUCGCGGUUUGGGGUCUUCUCCUUCCUCUCUACGCUUCGCGUCUCACUUCAAAAGCUUCAGAUAGAGAUCGCCGGAGAAGGAGGUGGCGGCGGCGGUGAUGACGGACGAGACGGUUAGGUUUGGGCUGCUAUGCAGCAUGUUUGAGGCGAUGCUCCGGGACAGAACGUCAGCGAAAAAGAGGAAGCGGCUCCGGACGUUCCUGGACGUGGCCUACACUGGCCGGGAAUACUUCAGUGCCGUUCGCCUCAUCCUCCCUGGACUUGACCGCGAGCGUGGGACUUACGGUCUCAAGGAGUCCGCACUCGCCAAUGCGCUUGUUGAUGCCUUGGGGAUCUCCAAGGACUCUGAUGAUGCACGGAAACUUGUGAAUUGGCGAAAGGGUGGAGCUCGCGCCGGGGCCAACGCAGGGAACUUCUCACUCGUCGCUGCUGAGGUACUCCAACGCAGGCAAGGCAUGGCAUCUGGUGGAAUGACGAUCAAAGAACUGAAUGAUGCGCUUGAUAGAUUGGCUUCAUGCGAAAAUAGGGGGGACAAGGCUGCCAUACUUUCUGAUCUCAUUAAAAAAACAAAUCCAGUGGAAAUGAAAUGGAUUUUAAUGAUUAUUCUGAAAGAACUUAAGUUGGGGAUUAGUGAAAAGAGCAUUUUUCACGAAUUUCACCCUGAUGCCGAAGACUUGUUCAAUGUCACCUGUGACUUAAAAUUAGUCUGCGACAAGCUCAAGGAUCCAAGCCAACGACAUAAAAGACAGGAUAUAGAUGUGGGCAAAGCUGUUAGACCUCAGUUAGCUAUGAGAGUAAGUAAUGCCAGUACUGCAUGGAAGAAGCUUCAUGGAAAGAAUGUAGUUGUUGAGUGCAAAUUUGAUGGUGACCGAAUACAAAUUCACAAGAAUGGUGGAGAGAUACACUUCUUUUCAAGGAAUUUUCUUGACCAUACUGAAUAUUCGCAUGGCAUGUCUGGUGUCAUUUUGCAGAAUGUUCUUGCAGAUAGGUGCAUAUUGGAUGGUGAAAUGCUGGUUUGGGACACUGCUGCUCAGCGUUUUGCAGAAUUUGGUUCAAAUCAAGAAAUAGCGAAGGCAGCUAGGGAAGGACUGGAGAGUGAUCGCCAGUUGUGCUAUAUUGUCUUUGAUAUCCUGUAUGCUGGAGAUACUAGUGUUAUUCAUCAGAGUUUGACAGAACGACAAGCUCUUUUGCAAAAAGUUGUGAAGCCUUUGAAGGGACGUUUAGAAAUUUUGGUGCCUAAUGGAGGCCUUAAUGAUAUUCGUUCAGCAGGGGAACCAUGCUGGUCAAUUAUUGCCCAUACUCUGGAUGACGUGGAGAAGUUUUUCAAACAAACUGUUGAAAAUCGAGAUGAGGGAGUUGUUUUGAAGGACCUUGGUUCCAAAUGGGAACCUGGUGAUCGAAGUGGAAAGUGGUUGAAGUUGAAACCUGACUAUAUACAUGCUGGUGCUGAUUUGGAUGCCCUUAUAAUUGGAGGAUAUUUUGGCUCAGGCCGUCAUGGAGGAGAGGUUGCACAAUUUUUAGUUGGAUUGGCUGAGCAAUCAGAUUCUGGUUACCCCAAACGAUUUGUUUCUUUCUGUCGUGUGGGCACUGGUCUGUCUGAUGAGGAGCUCGAUGCUCUUGUUUCCAAGCUGAAGCCAUAUUUCAGGAAGAACGAGUACCCAAAAAAGGUUCCACAUUUUUAUGAAGUAACAAAUAAUUCAAAGGAGAGGCCGGAUGUUUGGAUUGACAGCCCUGAUAAAUCUGUCAUCCUUUCCAUAACUAGUGAUAUCCGAACCAUAAAGUCUGAGGUUUUUUCUGCACCAUACAGUUUGAGAUUUCCACGCAUUCAACGAGUGAGAUACGACAAACCUUGGCACGAGUGCCUUGAUGUGCAAUCUUUUGUUGACUUGGUAAAUACAAGCAAUGGAAACACUCACAGAGGAACAGAUGAUGGAGGGUUGCAAACUAAUAAUUCCACACGCAAAAGGACCAUGAAGAAGAAAGACAAGGGAAGUGUUUCUGUAGUCCCUGCUCAUUUCGUCCUGACUGAUAUAUCUGGUGUUAAAGGGGAGACCUUGAUAUUUGCGAAUAUGAUGUUUUUUUUUAUCAAUACCCCUCCAUCGUAUUCUGUGGAGUAUUUUCACAAAUUAGUGGCAGAAAAUGGAGGGACUUUCUCGAUGAAUCUCAAUGAUUCAGUAACUCACUGCAUUGCUGCCGAGAGAAAAGGGAUCAAAUAUCAGGCAGCUACCCGUCAUGGGGAUGUCAUUCACUAUUCUUGGAUCUUGGAUUGCUGCACACAAAAACGUCUCUUGAAUUUGCAGCCAAAGUACUUUUUAUUUCUUUCGGAUUCUUCAAAGAGCAAGUUACAAGAAGAGAUUGAUCCUUUUUCUGAUUUUUAUUACUUGGAUCUUGACAUCAUGGACAUUAAGCAGAUAUUCAAUAACAUGACUGGAGCCGAAAAUGUCCAUAUUAAAGAGUACCAUAAGAAGUACUGCCCAUGGGAAACAAUGUGCCUAUUGCACAGUUGUUGCAUUUACUUCUGUGAAAUGGCAAAUAGCAGAAAUGCGGGCGCCGUAAUAGUAUCAGAGCUGGCUGUGAGAAGGAUGAAGCUAGAAACUAGCAUGCAUGGCGGUGAAGUUUGCAGCAGUAUAUCACAUGCCACUCAUAUAGUAGUAUAUUCAACCUUGGAAUCCUAUAAUUUCGAUGAAAUUUAUGAGAGUUUUCCGGCUAAUCAGAGAUGCUUUCUACAUAGCAAAAAGUUGCAUGUUGUAACACACUUAUGGUUGAAAGAUUCUAUACAAAAGGGCAAGAAGUUGCUUGAGGAUGAGUAUAACUUGAAGCCAGAUACCUUAGAAGAUAUCGAUUUCAAUAUCGAAGAAGGAAAACAGGACCAUGGAGCUCAUGCUACAACAAGCGAAACAGAGGAGAAGCCGAAUUCCACAGAAAAAAUGGUUGAUAUAAGUGGGAAAAGAAAAAGAGGAAGACCAACAGGCUCAAUUACAACAAAAGGAAGGCCUGGUCUGAAGCCUGUUCGAAGAACACGAGCAAGGGCUGUUACUCGGCGAGCCAAAAUUAAUCCAGAUGAAACUAUAGAUGAUUUUUCUGAUGAAAAUGGUACAGGAGCCGCUGAAUCCAAUGAGACGCCUCUCCUUGAAGUACAUGAUGACGAUAUUAACAAAGUCCAAGAAACACAUGAAGCAGGGUCCUCCAACACCGAGCUAGACCUUCAAGACGGUAAAGCGGACAAAGAUCACCUUGAUGUACAUAAAGUUGAAGAAGAUAAGAAAGAAGAUGCAUCUGAAAAGUUGGAGCAAAUGGUUGACCCAUUACACGCAAUGCUACUGGAUAUGAUUCCGACGCUUAGCCAGAAAAAUGUUGAGACCUCGACCUCAACAUUGAGGCUUCGCGAGAAAAAUGUUGAGACCUCAACUUCUGUUCCUGAAUGCGAGAAAACGCAACCAGUUCCGGGUGCCAACCAGGUGAAGAAGAAAGUAAGUUAUAAAGAUGUUGCAGGUGAGCUCCUUAAAGAUUGGUGAACAAAAUUUAUAUCAUAAACACUUUGUAAGUA